AUGUUAGCCAAUAGAAGAAAGGCAUAUAUACCAUCAGGGCUUUUUUUUCCCCCUCAAAGAACAGGAGAAGGCACGCCCCGCUUUCAGCUAACCCCUUGUCUCUGCCCCUACCCACCUUCAAGCACCGUCCCUGGGUACCACUCCCCACCUAUCUGUACCGUCUCUACAGAAUAUCAUUUUGUGUUUAGUAAUUUGUAUAGAAAUGUUAACAAGAAAAGUAAAAUAGAUUCCCUGCAGCCGGCAACAAUAUACCCCUUCCAACAAAAAUGUACCCCUUCCAACAACUAUAUACCCCAUCCAACAACAAUAUACCCCUUCCAACAACUAUACACCCCUUCCAACAACUAUAUACCCCUUCCAACAACAAUAUACCCCUUCCAACAACUAUACACCCCUUCCAACAACUAUACACCCCUUCCAACAACUAUACACCCCUUCCAACAACUAUACACCCCUUCCAACAACUAUACACCCCUUUCCAACAACUAUAUACCCCUUCCAACAACUAUAUACCCCUUCCAACAACAAUAUACCCCUUCCAACAACUAUAUACCCCUUCCAACAACAAUAUACCCCUUCCAACAACUAUAUACCCCUUCCAACAACUAUAUACCCCUUCCAACAACUAUAUACCCCUUCCAACAACUAUACACCCCUUCCAACAACUAUACACCCCUUCCAACAACUAUAUACCCCUUCCAACAAGAAUAUACCCCUUCCAACAACCAUAUACCCCUUCCAACAACCAUAUACCCCUUCCAACAACCAUAUACCCCUUCCAACAACAAUAUACCCCUUCCAACAACAAUAUACCCCUUCCAACAACUAUAUACCCCUUCCAACAACUAUAUACCCCUUCCAACAACAAUAUACCCCUUCCAACAACUAUACACCCCUUCCAACAACUAUACACCCCUUCCAACAACUAUAUACCCCUUCCAACAACUAUAUAUCCCUUCCAACAACAAUAUACCCCUUCCAACAACUAUAUACCCCUUCCAACAACUAUAUACCCCUUCCAACAACUAUAUACCCCUUCCAACAACAAUAUACCCCUUCCAACAACAAUAUAACAAUAUACCCCUUCCAACAACUAUAUACCCCUUCCAACAAGAAUAUACCCCUUCCAACAACCAUAUACCCCUUCCAACAACCAUAUACCCCUUCCAACAACCAUAUACCCCUUCCAACAACAAUAUACCCCUUCCAACAACUAUAUACCCCUUCCAACAACUAUAUACCCCUUCCAACAACAAUAUACCCCUUCCAACAACAAUAUACCCCUUCCAACAACUAUAUACCCCUUCCAACAACUAUAUACUCCUUCCAACAACAAUAUACCCCUUCCAACAACUAUAUACCCCUUCCAACAACUAUAUACCCCUUCCAACAGCUAUAUACCCCUUCCAAUAACAAUAUACCCCUUCCAACAACUAUAUACCCCUUCCAAUAACAAUAUACCCCUUCCAACAACAAUAUACCCCUUCCAACAACCAUAUACCCCUUACAACAACCAUAUACCCCUUACAACAACCAUAUACCCCUUUCCAACAAAAAAACUCCCCAGCAAAAAUGGCGGGAAGGAGAGGAGGGAAGCUGGCAGCACUGCAGGGGUAGGGAGGCACACAGGGUGGCCUGGACAGUAGGGAGGGCGAUUGGUGUGGCGGGGGGCAAUUACUGGAACAGAUCCUUUGUAUGGCCUUCUCUGCAGCAGCUGAAAGACUUGAGGAGGGAGAGGGGGGAAAAGCCAGCUUUCAGCUGCAGAGAGAGCCAUACAGGGGAUUGGUUCCAGUAACUGCCCCCCUGCCUGACCAACCUACCUCCCUGCCCACUUUUGAUUCACCCUGCUGGUAUGAGCCCUGUACAGGAGGACUGGUGGCACCCCCUUAUCUAUGACCCUUCUUCCAGCACACCCCAGAACCCCUUGCCAUUACAUAUAUACAGUGAUGGAGAUGCUGGAAUGGCAUUCCCCCACAUUCCCACUAAAAGCCCUGCAUACCACCAGGUGCACCACAAGCUCUGUCCACCGCAGAAGUUGUCAGACUCUCAUAGUCUAGAACAGGGGUCUCUAAACUGUGGCCCGAGGGCCAGAUGUGGCCCUCUGGGUAGCCUUGGGGCACUAUUCCUCCCACUCACAGCAACAAUAGGGCAUUUUUUCUUCUAUGGAUACCAAUGAUGGGAUACUAUUCCUCCUACUAAUAGGGGCACCACUCCUAUUGACCACCAACCCUGAGGCCAUA